GUCCUGAAAAAAUACAUCGCUGGCUAGCUAUCCACUGCCAUGAGGAAAUAUUGCUUUUGUGUGCAUAAUGCGUGCUUGAUAAGUUAACUUAACUGGCGUGGAGCAAACACUUUGGCUUCGGUGUUAAAUGAUGUCUUCUCGCUGACGUUAGAUGGGACGCCGUUCUACAAUCGUUUUGGUGUUGCUAAUGCAGCUAUACAAUUCGCCAACUCGGGUAGCUACCCAGCUAAUGUUAACUGCUGCAGCCAACAAAAAGAAAGAAAGCACCGUUUGGUUAAAACCAAAGAUUGCCUGUAACUAGCUACAACAAAACGCGCGGUGUUAAUUGGGAGGAUGCGCGCGUAAUUUGGGACACUGACGUUAUAUUUUGAGCAUUUAGCUAGCUUAGUUCUCAACCUAACGCUUGCUAUUAGUAUUCGCCAGUUUCCACUGCACCACCUAGCUAUAGUCCAAGGCGGCUAAUUUGUGGCUACCUAACUUACUUUGUGCAAGUUGCGUAGAUUUAACGAUGGUCGUCUUAUUUAGCUAUAGUCUAUGACUCGCUAGCUACCCAGUGUCGGUUAUGGUAACUUGUGACUUGAACGCUGCCCGCCGAGGUUCAGCAAGCCCGUUAGCUAUUUUGAAUAGUAGCGUGCUUCUUAUUGACUAGCUAGCUGACACAAACUGACAGUUGCUGGGUAAAAUGCAAUGUUUUUCUUUUAAUGACCCAUGAAUACGAAGACAAUACUGGAAAUACCAUGUUUUUUCUGUCGCUUUUUGCAAAGUUGUUAGCGAGCCAAUGUUAUGUUUUGCAAAUUGGAUGCCGUUUUCAGUGGCACUGCUGGGUAACGUAGCUAGCUAAACCGUGUGGCUAACGCUAAUGCAGUUCAGUUGUGUGAUCCUCAUUGCGACUCGUAGUUGGGUAAUGCUAGCCAAGGUAGCUAACGCUAACAAUGGUUACAUUAGAACAACUUUCAAUUGCUGGCGGUAGUCACAUUUAUCGUGGUUUAUUAUGUAAAACCCGUUAGCAUAUAAAUGAAAUAUUUUACACUAAAUAAGUGUUAGGCAGUGGUAAUUUACUAGGUUUUUUUCCUGUUUUAUUUGAACUUUCAUAACCGCAGCAAGAUAGCUUGCAAACUGUUUUGUGAACGAACUUGCUUAAGAUAUAUGGCGCUAUCCACUCCAACGAGUCUAGUUGGGGGAUUUAGCUAGCUGAAGUUAGAAGGUUGCCUUUGGAAAAGGGCGGGUAACGUAAUGUUCAGUGUCCGACGCCAGCUCGCGGAACACGUGUGCAUUGCAUUAACGUGCGUCGUUGGUAAAUGCGUGUUAUUCAGUUUAUAAAACUAGUAGCGAGUUACGCGGCACAAAAUCAUGAGGUCGCACGUUUGAAUUGUAGCUUGCUGCCUAGCUAGCUAACCCAGGGCUGCACAAGAACAUGAAGCAACAGGUGGCUAGGACGCUUUGUCCUCAUCUAAGCCUAGCAAGAUAUUGUUCGAAACCCUAUAAGUGGUUCGUAUGAAAACAACGACUGUGGAUUCAGGCUGCUGAUAUCUUGCUAAUAAAAAAAUUAAUGCAAGCAGAAGUCGUGUGGGAAACAGCUCCAUGCCAGCAAUUAUGACAAUCCUAGCGGACCGCGCAGCCCAGCAGCUGCUGGAUUUCAACCAGAAACUGGAUAUCAACCUGCUGGACAAUGUGGUGAACUGUAUGUACAACGACAUUGGAUCACAGCAGAGAAUGGCACAGGAGGUGCUGACGCAUCUGAAAGAGCAUCCCGACGCCUGGACGAGAGUCGACACCAUUCUGGAGUUCUCGCAGAACAUGAACACCAAAUACUAUGCCCUGCAGAUUCUCGAAACUGUGAUAAAAACAAGAUGGAAGAUUCUGCCCAGGAAUCAGUGUGAAGGUAUAAAGAAGUACGUGGUCGGGCUCAUUAUCAAAACUUCCUCUGAUGCAUCGGUUGUGGAGAAAGAGAAAGUGUACAUUGGAAAGCUUAACAUGAUCUUGGUCCAGAUCCUGAAGCAGGAGUGGCCGAAGCACUGGCCCCACUUCAUCAGCGACAUCGUGGGGGCCAGCCGCACCAGCGAGAGCCUCUGCCAGAACAACAUGGUCAUCCUCAAGCUGCUGAGCGAGGAGGUCUUCGACUUCUCCAGCGGACAGAUGACCCAGGUCAAAGCCAAGCACCUGAAGGACAGCAUGUGUAAUGAAUUCUCCCAGAUAUUCCAGCUUUGCCAGUUUGUCAUGGAAAACUCCCAGAAUGCCCCUCUGGUCCAAGCUACACUAGAAACAUUGUUGCGAUUUCUGAACUGGAUUCCUCUGGGGUACAUAUUUGAAACCAAACUCAUCAGCACGCUUGUGUACAAGUUUUUGAACGUGCCGAUGUUCCGGAACGUGACGCUGAAGUGCCUGACGGAGAUCGCGGGGGUGAGCGUGAGCCAGUACGAGGAGCAGUUCGUCACCCUCUUCACCCUCACCAUGAUGCAGCUCAAACAGAUGCUUCCACUGAACACCAACAUCCGGCUGGCCUACUCCAACGGGAAGGACGACGAGCAGAACUUCAUCCAGAACCUGAGCCUGUUCCUCUGCACCUUCCUCAAGGAGCACGGCCAGCUGAUCGAGAAGCGGCUCAACCUGCGCGAGACGCUCAUGGAGGCCCUGCACUACAUGCUGCUGGUGUCGGAGGUGGAGGAGACGGAGAUCUUUAAGAUCUGCCUGGAGUACUGGAACCACCUUGCGGCCGAGCUGUACAGGGAGAGCCCCUUCUCCACCUCCACGUCCCCCCUGCUCUCGGGCAGCCAGCACUUCGACGUCCCACCCCGGAGGCAGCUGUACCUGCCCGUGCUCUCCAAGGUCAGGCUGCUGAUGGUGAGCCGCAUGGCCAAGCCCGAGGAGGUCCUGGUGGUGGAGAACGACCAGGGCGAGGUGGUGAGGGAGUUCAUGAAGGACACGGAUUCCAUCAAUCUGUACAAGAACAUGAGAGAGACCCUCGUGUACCUGACGCAUUUGGACUACGCGGACACGGAGCGCAUCAUGACCGAGAAGCUGCACAACCAGGUGAACGGGACCGAGUGGUCGUGGAAGAACCUGAACACGCUGUGCUGGGCCAUCGGCUCCAUCAGCGGCGCCAUGCACGAGGAGGACGAGAAGCGCUUCCUGGUCACCGUCAUCAAGGACCUGCUGGGGCUGUGCGAGCAGAAGAGGGGGAAGGACAACAAGGCCAUCAUCGCCUCCAACAUCAUGUACAUCGUGGGCCAGUACCCCCGCUUCCUCCGCGCCCACUGGAAGUUCCUCAAGACCGUGGUCAACAAGCUGUUUGAGUUCAUGCACGAGACCCACGACGGUGUCCAGGACAUGGCCUGCGACACGUUCAUCAAGAUCGCGCAGAAGUGCCGGCGGCAUUUCGUCCAGGUGCAGGUGGGCGAGGUCAUGCCCUUCAUCGACGAGAUCCUCAACAACAUCAACACCAUCAUCUGCGACCUCCAGCCCCAGCAGGUCCACACUUUCUACGAGGCGGUGGGCUACAUGAUCGGAGCGCAGACGGACCAGGCCGUCCAGGAGCACCUGAUCGAGAAGUACAUGCUGCUGCCCAAUCAGGUGUGGGACAGCAUCAUACAGCAGGCAACCAAGAACGUGGACAUCCUGAAGGACCCGGAGACGGUGAAGCAGCUGGGCAGCAUCCUGAAGACCAACGUGCGGGCGUGCAAGGCGGUGGGCCACCCCUUCGUCAUCCAGCUGGGCCGCAUCUACCUGGACAUGCUCAACGUGUACAAGUGCCUGAGCGAGAACAUCUCCGCCGCCAUCCAGACCAACGGAGACAUGGUAACCAAGCAGCCUUUGAUCAGAAGCAUGCGGACCGUCAAGCGGGAAACCCUGAAGCUGAUCUCCGGCUGGGUCAGCCGCUCAAACGACCCACAGAUGGUGGGGGAGAACUUUGUGCCGCCGCUGCUGGACGCCGUGCUAAUCGACUACCAGAGGAACGUCCCGGCCGCCAGGGAGCCCGAGGUCCUCAGCACCAUGGCAACCAUCGUCAACAAGCUCGGCGGCCACAUCACCUCGGAAAUCCCGCAGAUAUUCGACGCGGUCUUCGAGUGCACCCUGAACAUGAUCAACAAAGACUUCGAGGAGUACCCGGAGCAUCGAACCAACUUCUUCUACCUGCUGCAAGCGGUCAAUUCCCACUGCUUCCCGGCAUUCCUGGCCAUUCCCCCGGCGCAGUUCAAGCUGGUGCUGGACUCCAUCAUCUGGGCCUUCAAACACACCAUGAGGAACGUGGCCGACACCGGUCUGCAGAUCCUCUACACCCUGCUGCAGAACGUGGCCCAGGAGGAGGCCGCCGCCCAGAGCUUCUACCAGACCUACUUCUGCGACAUCCUGCAGCACAUCUUCUCCGUCGUCACGGAUACGUCUCACACAGCCGGUUUAACGAUGCACGCCUCCAUCCUGGCCUACAUGUUCAACCUGGUGGAGGAGGGUAAAAUCAGCGUCGCACUGAACCCCUCAAACCCGGUCAACAACCAGGGCUUCAUCCAGGAGUACGUGGCCAACCUGCUCAAAACCGCCUUCCCGCACCUACAGGAUGCCCAGGUCAAAGUGUUUGUGACAGGACUGUUCAGUUUAAAUCAAGAUAUUCCAGCCUUCAAGGAACACCUGCGGGACUUCCUGGUGCAGAUCAAGGAGUUUGCCGGCGAGGACUCCACAGACCUCUUCCUGGAGGAGCGGGAGGCCUCCCUGCGUCUGGCGCAAGAGGAGAAGCACAAGCUCCAGAUGUCCGUUCCCGGCAUCCUCAACCCGCACGAGAUUCCGGAGGAGAUGUGCGACUAA